UUCUUACCGACAGACUUUUCACCGAAAGACAAUUUGUCGAUUAAUUGGGUUAAUGAGGAAUGCUUGUGGAUUAAUUGCAGAAUCUUCCCCCUCAUUAAUUUCGGGAUUCAAUCACAACCAAUUUAAUAAUCCUCAAAAUUUUCGUGACGAAAUUAUGGAAAAUUUACAAAAAUUAAUCGAUUCGCAUCAAAAAGCUGAACUUGAUUCACAACAACCGGGCUGUAGUUCUUCAAUUUUUAAUGGAACUUCAAACAAUUUAAGCAAUGGAUCUCUUGUUAAUAAAAACAAUUUUGCAGCUAAUUUUACUUCAAAUUUGUCAUUUUCGUCAUUGGAUCCAAGUAGCAGCAAUUCUACUGUUCUUAAGUCGACAAUUGUUGCAGGUUUGAUUUUUUUAUUUUUCUUUGAAUUGGAUUUUAGGGGUGAGAUCCCAGGGGUGUUGCGGGGUGAGAAAAAAAUGCCGGGUCCAAUUUUUCAAGAUUUUUGUGUUGGGGUUUUCACAUGA